GGGUUACCGUUCAACGAAUUAAACCUGCAAUAGUAAUCAUAUAAACCGAAGUGUGUUUGUUGUGUCGGGGUGUUUAUAGCCGCGAAUUACUGGGAGAAUUUGGCGGUAAAUAAAAUUAUAUCCUUAAUUUUGUUCGGCAGUAUCGCGCAUUCAUCCCCAUCAGUCGUGCCUCGUUUAUUCGGGUAAAAUUGAAAAAAAAAAUAAGGGUGUAAAAAAAAGGCGCGAGGAUCAAUUGCCGCAAGUAUUAUUUCAUCACAUAUGCGUUACUUUAUCUACGAAACGCGCCCAACACACGUCCGUUAUCCGUAUAUAUAUAAUAAAUUUUUGUCCGCAUACAGAAAGUGUGAAUGAACGAGCGCCGUGACGUACCCGCAUCGAUCGAUUUGCCUUAAAAUAACCGCGGCGUGUUUUGAACCCUGCCAAUCGCACUGCAUGUAUACAUAAUUCGCGUCAUAGCUACGUCGCUGAAUCGGGGUUGAGGCAGGUCCUUCUCACUCGAAAACCCUGGGCUACGACGCCGCUGGCGAAGAGGAUAAGGAAGGCCGGCUUCUCGCCCACCUCGAGACCGGUCGCAGGGACUUCGGAGGGCUUGAAGGGUGCGCACGAGGAGCCGCCACUCGGUCGGCUCAAGUAAAACACCCUAAAGCGACCCCGUUCGCCGGGGGUUAAUCCGUCACGACGGCCGAUGUCAGGAUGCCGGAGCAAAGCAACGACUACAGGGUCGUCGUCUUCGGGGCCGGUGGGGUCGGCAAGAGUUCCUUAGUAUUGCGCUUUGUCAAGGGCACAUUCCGCGAGUCCUACAUACCCACCAUCGAGGACACCUACAGACAGGUGAUAAGCUGCAACAAAAACAUUUGCACGUUACAAAUCACAGACACGACUGGAUCCCAUCAGUUUCCAGCAAUGCAGCGGCUCUCCAUAAGCAAAGGUCACGCCUUCAUCCUCGUUUACUCAGUUUGCUCGAGGCAAAGUCUAGAAGAGCUUCGACCAAUCUGGGCAGUGAUCCGGGAGCUCAAGGGUCAAGACGUAUCUCAGAUACCGAUUAUGCUGGUGGGAAACAAGUGCGACGAGAGUCCGUCGGUCCGCGAGGUGUCGAUGAGCGAGGGCGCAGCAGAGGCGGCAAAUUGGGGUUGCGGCUUCCUCGAGACCUCGGCGAAGACGAAUCACAACGUGAACGCGCUCUUCCGAGACUUGUUGACAUUGGAGAAAAAUCGCACGGUAUCCCUGCAGCCGGUUCAAAGCAACAACGCGAUAAGCCUUAAGGAGAAAUGUGCCGUUAUGUAAUUAAGUUGUAAGUCGCAUUACAAUGAUAAUACGCAAACGGUAAACACAACCGCCUUGCGUACGUGUGUGUCUGUGUGUGUACAACACGACGCAACACAGAGAUGAGCCCUGCGAUUCACCCCCGGAUCAUCGGUUUUCUCCCAGCCGUUUUCUCCUCUUCUGAAAGAUUUAUUCCUGUAUAAAUUAUUUCAUUUAUCCUGCGGAUUUACAUAACACUUAGAAUGUCGCGAACCCCGCGACUAAUUGUAAGCAGCGAAUAAAUAUAGUCUAGGUUGAGGUAGGUUCUCGACUUCAUAGGCAUACCCGGUAUGAAUUAUUCAUGGGCUACCGUGUAUACCGUGUAUCAUAUCUUUUACAAACUAUGUAGAUAUUCGAUCACGUGCCGGAGUUGUAUGCGGAAAACGUAUUCGCUGACAGAGCAUAUAAGAAAAGUACCUAUCGGUGACGAUAAGUGGAGACGACUACGUUUCCUUGUACUUCGUUAAUUAGAACUUGCGGUUUAUUCUCAAAUUACAAAUAAUCCCGUCGUUGACUAACUUUUCUUUUUCACAUCUGCAAGAUAUAUUUCAUUCCUGUAAUUUGAUGAAUAAAAAUUAUUUGCGGGGGUGUGAAUGUGGGGCGAAGGAUAUACGUGAACGAAAUGAAGAAAGAACGCGACUACGUGAAUAUUUAUAUAAAAUGUUAUGCGUAUAUGAAUCACGUGACAGUAAUCGGUAGAAUAAGAAAAAACCACAAUAAUAAAUAAUAGUAAUAAUAAUAAUGAUACUAUCAGUAACAAUAGUGAUAAUAAUAUAUAAGGUAAUGGGACAUAUAAUACAGUAGGUCACUCGACAUAUUACGUAAUAUUUAAUUAUAUCGUACUUAAUUAUGUUAUAACCAACCCCGUAUGAACUUACAUGUAACUAGAAACUAUCCGACCCAGGUUUAGGCAAAUAUUGUUACAAUUUCUUUCAUGAAUUAUUAAUUAUUGUGAUCUCCGCGUUUUUGAUCUGACUAAUCGAUUUCUUAUCAAUAAUCCCUCAACAUUGAGUUAAUAUUCUUUUUUUUUCUUCAAAAAACUACUCAACAACUCGCGUAUUGGGAUCCAACAUGUGAUCUUGUUGACUUAAUUUUGUAACAUCAAGUUGACGUGUUUUGAAAAAUGUGACUAAAAAUUAUCAUUACAAUUAAAUUCGAUUUCUAGCUCGAGUAGUGUGUUAUGCAUAUUUUCCAUCGCCAAAUGGCGCCAAUUCCGAUAUUUUGCAUCUCACCAUUUUCUAAAUUAUAUUUCUCGAGUAAAUAAUUUAUCGGUGUAUUAUAGAAUAAUCGAUAUUAUAACACGUAGCAUAGUCGAAUUCAGAGACGACGACACAAUUGGAUGCGGGUAAAUUAUCAUACAUGCGUGUCGCGUGAUAAAAAUUUCGUAGUUCUUCUAAUUACUACUAGACGACGAAUUCUAUUUAACCUGAGAGGUAAAAUAAAAAAAAAAUAAUAAUAAUAAUUCCAAUCGGAAACACUGCAUCAUUCGGGUUUAAUAAUUUAUAACGUUAAACGUAGUAAUGCAUUUUACCCUUGGUCAUUUUGGAGGAAAAACCCGCUGUAAAGUUUGAGCGUAAACACUUGCUCUUGUCUGUAAUUGUAGUUGAUAUAUAUAUUUAUCUAGCGUGACGUUAUAAAAAAAAAGGAUAAACAAAUAAGCAAAAACAGCGAUUAUAACAGCGACGCAAUUUUUUCCAGUAAAUUGCAGUAAGAAGAUUAAAAAAUUGUUACAAGAUUGGUUUUUGUUGAAUAGUUGUAAGGUUUUUGUAUAAUAAAUAACGCGCUAUUAGGGGUUUCUUAUAUAAUUAUAUAAACUACAUAAAUAAUAAUAUUAUUAGUAUCAAUAAUAAAAUAGUAUAAAUAUAGUUUAUGUAUUACGUCAUAGAAUAGAAAUUUAUAAAAUACGUAAUUACUACUUAUAUUUUAAACGCCAUUCGAACGCAAUAGAAGUAUGUAAUACACAUAUAUAGAGCGAAUUAGCAGAGUGCAGUAUAGAGUCUUGAAUAGAGCACUGUACCUAUAAAUACGGACUUAGCGGGCUGUUACGGAUAUUUAAAAAAUUUACAAUCUCUAUCUUAUGCAGUUAUUACAGUUUAUAAACGAGUCGCAAAGAGCUGAUGUGCGGUUAUACUAGUCGCUGUAUUACACAUACACGAAGGUUUACGUAACAUGUGGCUUAUACGUGUCUGUUUGGUUUCUCAUCGUUUUCUCGUAUGUAUAUAUUAUAUAUAUUAUGUAUAUUAUAUAGAUCAACGUGAUUUUUUAAAUCUAUAUUAUAUAUGUAUAAUAUUAUACAUGGCGUAAGAUAUUUUUAAAGAGCGGACUUCACACAUAACGCGAUUGAGGUUUAUUUUUUAUCAAUUGCUGCGCUGUAUCUACGCUUUGAUUCUUUGAAGAACAAUUUUUUUUUCUUUGUCCACCUUGACUUCUUACCUGCAUAAAAUGUUGUUGCAUAACUAUAAUGUACGCAUGUACUUGCUGCAAUCAAAACUGAAACAUGCGCGCGAUGUCUUCUACGUCGGUAUAACUGCAUAUUUGAAUUCCUGAAUUUAUUAACAACGACGAACUCGUUAUAUUACAUAUUGUUGUAAUAUCAGUUCUUUCCGAAAUUUACAAACGAUGCUAUCAUAUCUUAUUACACGUAUAGGUAUAGUUCUUUAUAUAUACAUACAACGUAUAUUAUGUUAUAUUAUACACGAACUCUCAGUGAAAACAAUAUUUUCAACUUUCAUUAUUUCUUCAUACGUGUUGCACACUUUUUCAACCAUAUUUGUAUGAUUGUAUAUUUUAUACAGUAUACGCGGCCUACAACGUCUAUAGAGUCGAUAAUUUCUAUCCGCCGAAUGUUGAACUAUAAUAGUUAUUAUGAGAACAAGCGAAGGAAAUGAAGAACGAAAAAGAUAGAGAAUCAACGAUAAAACAUAAAGCGAUACAAAAAUGAAUUUAAAAACAAAAUACGACGAUUUAAUAUCUAUUACAUACAUUCAUAGAUAUGAUAAAUUAUACCUUACAAAUAUAACGCAAUUACACGUCGCUAAAGAAUGGAUUUUAAUCACUAUAUGAUACUAUUAUAGCAAAUUAACGAGUAAUACAUAUCUGAUAAUAUUCCGUACCCAUUGUUUGGUACCUGCGUGUGCCACUGUACAAUUAUAGUAUUUACUAUACCAAAUGCACAAAAGAAUUAAGAGAACAAAAGAGAAGGGGCACCAGAAUUCCGAAGAAACGACGAGGGUGAAGAUAAGAAUGAAAAUGAGUUGCACAUGCCAAGAAUGAAAUUAAUUUAAAAUAUACAGAUGUUCUGAUCUCGGGGCCAAUUGAGAGUAAGGAGAUGACGUGAAAAAAAAAAUAUAUAUAUAUAUAUAUAUAUAUAUUCUCGACAUAUCCAAGGGAGGACCUGCACUACGAUAUACAUAUAAUAUAUGCAUAGGUAUGGAAAAUCGCGGGCGCGUUAAAUCUGUAAUGCCUAUAUAACUAUAUACAAAUUAUUAUUAUACUUAUAAAUUCACGUUAUCAAUAUAUAUUUAUACAUAAUAUGAGUAAUUGUAUUAUUAUUUUAUAAAUGGUUUCUUUCCAAGAUUAUUUAUAUAUGUAUUCAGUUUAUCGUUAAUCUGUGCAUACAUAUAAUAGUUACAAUAUCUGUGUAUUAUAUUAUUUCCUCAAACUUAAUGCAUUAGCAUUAAUAUACUGGAUCGUUUCGCGGAAAUGUAGCAUCAACAAUUUGGCGCAAGCAGGGCAAAUAGACGCCUGCGUUUAUGCAAUUCAAAAUGGGGAUAACGAAAUCCGCCUAAAUUUAUGCAAUUCAGGAUGCAUUUCACACAAAUGUACUUCAGGUUGCAUAUAUAUAGGCGGAUCCUUUCCUUGUUAAAUUGCUUGUACCAGUGACAUUUCCACGAAAAUACGAAGUAACCUGGUAUCGGUGUGUAUAUUUAUGUUACGUACUCUUGUGCACAUCCUCUCCUCAUCUUCACGGUAUUUUUAUAAAAUUCGAGCUGUGCUGCACAUCGUAUAACCCCCCUCCCCCCCCCGGCCCGGACUCGGUAGCGAUUAUCCCGUUGAUUGCUCCGGUAUCUGAAAAAUAUCAUUUCCGCUCGAACAACAUGAAACGAAUAUACAUAGAAUAUACACAAUGCUGAAGCAUCACCGUUAAAGACCGUCACGCACGCACGUGCGAGGUAUUGGUACGAAACCUGAAGGAAAUUUAUAUCUCAUAGUUGAAAGAUUAUAAGAACCUUGUUAUUGUGAACAGAUAGCUGCUGAAUAUAGUAGAGGUGAAAAAUAAUGAAAAUGAUAAAAAAAAGGAAAAAAAAAAAAAAUAAUAAACGAAUAAAUAAA